AUGGGUUCUCCGAGCCGGGUUAAGAAGGCUAGGGAUACCUCGGAGGAUGUGGACGAAAUCUACCGCCGUCCACGCGCCGAGGUCAAGGAACUGGUAGACGAGGAUGCCGCAGGCAGUGACGCGCGCAGCAGCGCGCCAGGCGGCUACGGGCCGCCGGCCGACAGGAAGGACGACUACGCGAGCGGAUCGGACGAGGAACCCGAGGUGUUGCAGAAUAAAAAGUCAAUACUGGCGCGAGAGGACUCAUACCGACGGCAACGCCUGGAGCGGAAGCUCUCCCCGGAAAGGUUCGACCCUUUUGCGGCAAGCUCCAACCCGGAGGAGCGCACGUACUCGGAUAUUAUGAAGGAGACCGAGAUCAUGCGCACGCGCAAGGACAUCGAGAAGUUCAUGGAACGCGAACGUAUUUCCGUGGAGGAGGCGCGUGCCAUCGAUGGGAAGCGCACUAGGCGAUCUGGAUUCGAUGAGGAGGACUCGGCUGCGUUUGCCGAGACCCCCCUGGUGGAGAGCGGGACCUAUGCGGAAACACCGCAGAUCGAGGCGGGUGCCUAUCCCGAGACGCCUCAGUUAGGCGAUGCCACUCCCGGCCCCGAGUCCAAGAAGCGCAUGUCGCGUUGGGACAAGACGCCGCAGAUGGAAGCGCAGACACCCAGUGCUACGCCAAUGGGCCUUGGAGCCUUCGGAGCUGCUACCCCUUUCACGCCAGCGGGGUUGCAACCGGAGCAAUACGCUUUCACCACCGAUCGCAAUCGCUACCUAACCGACGAGGAACUGGACGAGUUAAUUCCUUGCGAGGGUUACGAAAUCAUUGAGCCGCCAGAGGGAUACAUCGCAAGCAAGCACGUGAGUUACCACAGCCACCAGAUCCCGGAGUCGCCGAGUUUUGUCAUCAAGGAUGAGAAUCUGCGCAAACCUUACGACAUCCCCGGAACGCCGUCACUGUUACUGGAUGUCGAGGUCAAGGCUGAGGACCAGCACUUCUUCGGCAAACUGUUCGACGACAAGACGGAGGAGGAUCUGACGGCUGAUGAGAUCACUGAACGUCGAAUUUUGGCCUUGUUGCUAAAAAUUAAAAAUGGUACGCCACCAUUGCGUCGUCAGGCACUGCGCCUGCUGACGCAGAAGGCCAGGGAAUUUGGUCCCGGCCCCCUUUUCAACCAGAUUUUACCGCUGAUGAUGCAAACCACGUUGGAAGACCAGGAACGUCACCUUAUGGUGAAAGUUAUCGAUCGCAUACUUUUUAAAUUGGAAGAUCAAGUUCGCCCAUACGUCCACAAGAUUUUGGUUGUUAUUGAGCCUUUGUUGAUUGACGAGGACUACUACGCACGUGUAGAAGGGCGUGAGAUCAUCAGCAACUUGAGUAAGGCUGCGGGUCUCGCUACGAUGAUAGGUACCAUGCGUCCCGACAUUGACCACCCAGACGAGUACGUGCGCAACACUACCGCACGUGCCUUUGCAGUUGUGGCCCACGCGACUGGCAUCCAGUCCCUGAUCCUCUUCCUCAAGGCUGUCUGUCAAUCCAAGAAAAGCUGGCAAGCGCGCCACACCGGAAUCAAGAUCGUGCAGCAGAUUGCAAUCCUGGUUGGCUGUGGCGUCCUGCCACAUCUGAAGCAGCUGGUGUCUAUCAUUGCCUUGGGCCUGGAGGACGAGGUGUUAAAGGUGCGCACAAUGACGGCGUUGGCUUUGGCUUCGUUGGCUGAGGCAAGCGCUCCUUUUGGUAUUGAGGCCUUCGACAUAGUUUUGCGGCCGCUGUGGAAGGGUAUUACUGAGCACCGCGGCAAGGGCCUAGCGGCGUUUUUGAAAGCUAUCGGUAUGAUCGUGCCGCUCAUGGACCCCUAUUACGCGUCCUACUACACAAAGGAAGUGAUGAACAUCCUGGUCAAAGAGUUUGCCACGCCUGACGAGGAGAUGAAGCACAUCGUCUUGAAGGUCGUGCGGCAGUGCAUUUCGACGGAAGGCAUCCAGGCUGAUUAUAUCCGCCAGGAGCUGCUGGACCCGUUCUUCAAAUCAUUCUGGAUUGUGCGUAACAGUAUGGACAAAAAGAACCUGGACCUGAUCAUUGAGACUACCGUCGAGAUUUCCAACAAAGUUGGGCUCGAGGUUAUACACCGUUUGGUCGACGACCUCAAGGAUCCGUCGGAAAGCUUCCGUGUGAUGGUUGCGCAGUGCAUCGAGGCUGUGCUCAUCAGUUCCUUAAGCCACGACGCCGACCAAAAGGUGGAACUCGACCAGAGGCUUGAGGAGCUACUCAUCGACGGUAUGAUCUAUGCCUUCCAACAGCAGGCCUCCGAUGAUUGCACAGUGCUGCUGGACUCAUUUGGCACGCUGUUGCACUACCUCGGCGAUCGCAGUUUGCCGUAUUUGACCCAGAUUGUCGGUGUGAUCCGCUGGCGUCUGGGUACCCAAAGCCCCCGUACCCGUCAACAAGCGGCGGACAUGAUCUGCAAAAUAGCGCCCAUCAUGCGCCAAUGUGGCCGUCAGGAUAUGCUCGCUAGCCUGGGACUGCACCUAUAUGAAUACCUGGGAGAGGAGUAUCCCGAGGUGCUUGGCAGCAUAUUGGGGGCACUGAAGGCGAUCGUCUCUGCCAUAGGUCCGGCAGCUAUGUCCCCACCUAUCAAGGAUUUGUUGCCACGGCUCACUCCCAUUCUGAAGAAUCGGCAUGAAAAGGUGCAGGAGAACGUUAUUGAGCUAGUAGGUCGUAUCGCCGACCGCGGAGGCGACCUUGUUUCCCCUAAGGAGUGGGACCGUAUCUGUUUUGACCUGCUCGAGCUUCUGAAGGCCAACAAGAAGAGCAUCAGACGUGCGACUGUUAACACCUUCGGUUACAUUGCGCGGACCAUCGGGCCAAACGACGUUAUAUCAACCCUGCUCAACCAUCUACGUGUGCAGGAGCGACAGCUGCGUCUGUGUACCACCAUCGCCAUUGCCAUUGUCGCGGAGACCUGCCUGCCGUAUUCCGUUCUUCCGGCGUUGAUGACGGAGUACCGCGUACCCGAGAUGAACGUGCAGACUGGAGUGUUGAAGGCGCUGUGUUUCCUGUUCGAGUACAUUGGCGAGAUGGCUAAGGAUUACAUUUACGCUAUAACACCUCUCCUGGAGAAUGCUCUGAUGGACCGUAACCUGGUGCACCGUCAAACGGCUGCUUGGACAUGCAAGCAUCUGGCAUUGGGUGUGGCCGGUUUGAACUGCGAAGAUGCGCUGCUGCAUCUGCUGAACUACGUAUGGCCCAACAUUUUUGAAACCAGCCCACACCUAACGCAGAGCUGCUUCGACGCCAUAGACGGGUUUAGGGUGGCUCUGGGACCCAGCGUGAUAUUCCACUACAUCCUGCAGGGGCUCUUCCACCCGGCAACAAAGGUGCGCGAGGUCUACUGGCGAUUGUACAAUAACCUGUAUGUGGGCAACCAGGACGCCUUGGUCCCGUUGUUCCCUCUGAUUUCUAAUAUGGUUGCAGAGCUCCGCGUCGCCCUCGAGGUCGUGGUGGCCGCGGAGGUGCAUGGACUCCUUGGAGUACUCCCACUCCCUGAGGUUGGGAUCGCCAACUUCGGCUUCUAUCUCGUUGUCCAAUGCUUCUAUGCGAUUGUUGAGGGUCUCAAACUUGUGCUUAAGCGAGUCGAUCAUGGAAAGCACGCCUUGGGAUACUGA